AUGUCGCAGUUUGGGACCCCGAUGUUCUCGGAGAAGGACAUAUGCAUCUUCCUGAGCGAGCUGGGCAUGUCCGCCAACGCGGAGCAGCUGGCGAAGCCCAGCUUUGAGUUUGUGCAGCCCAUCUUCGAGAACCUGGUCACCGCGCUGACGGGGGUGACCAGGGAGGAGCUGCAGCAGCCUGUCUUCAUGGCCAUCGACGCCCUGGAGUUUCCGGAGCUGCACGACGAGUCCAUCCCAGCCAUGGCCUUCAUCCGCCACCUGUCCAGGCUGCUGCAGGCCGCCGGCGUGCGCGACUUUUCGCUCAAGGACCUGUACAAGCCCGAGGGCCCCCGCCUGCGCCGCCACCUGUCCGCCAUCCUCAACUUUGCAAUGUUCCGGGAGGAGAAGCUGGCGGCCUACACGGCGCUGCAGGAGCAGCUGGAGGGACUGCUGCAGGAGAAGGAGGCGGCGGCGGGGCAGAACAGCGCGCUGCAGGCGCAGCUGCGGCAGCUGCAGGAGGAGCGCGCGGCGGAGCUGCCGCUGGUGGCGGAGCUGGACGCGGAGCGGCAGGCGCUGUACGCCGAAAACCAGGCACUGAACAAGCAGCAGGCGGCGCUGGGCGGGGAGGUGCGGGCGCUGAAGCAGGGCGCCAACGCGCUGACCGACGAGGCCAGCCAGCUGCGCUACAAGCUGAGCCAGGCCAAGGGGCAGGGCGAGCUACUGCGCAGCCAGAUUGUGCAGUCGCCGCACAAGAUCCAGGCGCUGCUGGCGGAGCUGGCGGGCGCGGUGGAGCGGGAGCGGGCCAUGGUGGCAGAUGCGGACCGGCGGUCACGGGAGCUGGCGGCGCGGCUGGACGUGGUGGGCAAGGUGGAGAAGGAGGUGGCCAAGGCCAGCGGGCUGAUGGAGGGGGUGGAGGCGGAGAUUGGGAGGAAGAAGGAGGUGUCGCGCAAGGUCAAGGCGCUGCACGGCGAGAUCUCGGCGGCGGAGCACGAGGCGCAGCAGCUGGAGGCGCAGCACCAGCACCUCAAGCGGCAGCAGGCGGCGCUGCAGGAGCGCAUCGCCCGCCUGGAGGCCCAGUGCCGAGCCAAGCACGACGCGGCCGAGAGCAGCAUCGAGGAGCGGCUGCGCGACAAGGAGGCGAUAGAGGCCGAGAACGCGGCGGCGGCGGCCAGGCUGCAGGAGAACGAGGCCACGGUGGGCGAGUACCAUCGCGGCAUGGAAGCUGCCAUGCAGCCGGCGGCGCCCUCUGACGUGGCGGUCAAGCCGAUGCGGGUGCGGUGA